UCUCUUAGAUGAGGUGCUAAAAGCAUAGGCCGUAGAAGGAAAAUAGUUAAACUGAAUUUCAUGAGAAUUAAAAACUCUUGUGCUUCAAAGCAUUAUCAAAAAAGUGAGAAAACAUAGAAUGGGAAAAAUGUUUGCAAAUAUUAUAUCUGAUAAGGGUCUAAUUUACAGUAUAUGUAAAGAACUGUUAUAACUCAGUGAUUAAAAGACAAAUGAUCCCAUUUAAAAAUGGGUAAAGGGUUUGAAAAAUCUGAAGACACACAAAUGGCCAGGAAGCACACACAGCUCAUGUCACUAACUCCCAAUGACUGAGGCACAUACAUCAGACAUUGGAAAUGUUGCCACUUGAUACCCACUAGGACAGCUGUGAUCAGAAAGCAGGCACAUGGAGUUGGGGUGGGGGUGAGCUGGCACAGCUGCCGUGCAGAGCCGCCUGCAGGGCCUCAGAAAGUUACAUGCAGAUUAGUGUGUGACCCUGCAGUCCCACUCUGAGAUAGGUGCCCGAGAGAUAAAAGCAAACCCUCAGUAACAAACCCUUCCUCUUGGGGUUUGCUCUUGUCACGUGUCUCCAGAAGAGGCCAUUGUUCCUGGUGCCAGACCAGGAGGGUAUUACCAUAAACAAAGCAUUUUCACGUUUAUGCCUUACAGAGAACUUGGCUAUGCGUUCAUAGUUUUUUUUCCCCCAUAACCCUUAGGAGUAGAUGGAACAGUAUUACUAUCUAUCUCUAUUUUCAGAUGAGGAGAAUGAAAAUGAAUUUGGGCAGUUAUAAAACAAGCUUUGAUUAUUUCGUUUCUUUGUUUUGUUUUGCAGUUUUUGGCCAGGGCUGGGCUUGAACCCACCACCUCUGGCAUAUGGAGCUGGCGCCCUGCCCUUGAGCCACAGGCGCCACCCAAUUAUUUCAAAACUGAAUUGUUUUUACGUUAUUUUCAGUGUUUCUAUAUGGGCAUAUUUUGGUCUAGAGCAACUUUGUGUUCUCUGGCUGUCGUGCUGGCAUAGAAGACUCUAAGAAGUGGGGGAUGCUGUUUCUGGUGAAUCAGUUAUUUAAAAUUUACUUUAAGAUCAACAAGCUCCAUCUGUGUAAACCCCUAAUCAGAGCCAUCGACAGCUCCAACCUGAAAGACGAUUACAGCAUGGCCCAGAGAGUCACAUACAAGUACUACGUGGGCCGCAAGGCCAUGUUUGAUAGUGACUUUAAGCAAGCUGAGGAGUACUUGUCAUUUGCCUUUGAGCACUGCCACCGUUCAAGUCAGAAGAACAAAAGAAUGAUUCUGAUAUAUUUACUUCCAGUAAAAAUGCUGUUGGGUCAUAUGCCAACAAUUGAGCUUUUAAAGAAGUACCAUCUCAUGCAGUUUGCUGAGGUAACCAAAGCCGUAAGCGAGGGCAACCUGCUGCUGCUGACCGAGGCACUGACCAAGCACGAGACAUUCUUCAUUCGCUGUGGUAUCUUCCUUAUCCUUGAGAAACUGAAGAUCAUCACCUACAGAAAUCUCUUCAAGAAAGUGUAUCUGCUACUCAAGACACACCAGCUGUCCCUGGACGCCUUCCUGGUUGCCUUGAGGCUCAUGCAGGUGGAAGACGUGGACACGGACGAGGUCCAGUGCAUCCUCGCUAACCUGAUAUACAUGGGUCACAUUAAAGGUUAUAUAUCACAUCAGCAUCAGAAGCUGGUUGUCAGCAAGCAAAACCCAUUCCCUCCACUGUCUACAGUGUGUUAACCACACAUGCGUCCCCAGGGGGACACGGGAGUCCUCGAGAUUUUGUUCCUGCUGAUGAAAUCUGCCUUGUGCCUCCUCCAAAGCCAGGAGCCUUUGAGGAGCAUUUC